AUGGAAGCAGAUCAGCCUUCUCCAGAUAAGCCGCGCAAGAAGACUACCUCGACUGCUCAUCGCAAGUCAUUAGCCUGCGAGUACUGCCAUCGCUCGUUUGCGCGGCUCGAGCAUCUUCAAAGACAUCUCCGCACUCAUACCAAAGAAAAACCUUUCUCAUGCGAUAUUUGUUCCAAGUCUUUCGCCCGAAGUGACCUGCUUGUCCGACAUGAGCGCUUGGUGCACCCCGGGGAAGCGGCCGCUCACCGAGGAGAGCGCCGGUCUGGAACCGAUGUGACAGUUUCUCAUCAGACAGUUCCGUUGAGUCCGGCUUCCAUGAUCCCACCCACCCAUCCUGAGUCUCGCAUGCUGGACAUGCAUGAUCACAUAGGUAUUCAGCAACCACCACCUCCGCCUCCAACAGUACCACCGCCAGAGGUACAAGCGCAUCAUGCGCCAUUGAUCGAGCCGAACCACUUCAAUCCCUCCUGGGGCUACGACCUCAACCUCCUCUCCCACGCUGCCAGUCAUGUCGCCCUGGAAACCCAACAAGAGCUAGCCUUGGAAACCAUUCGAAAACCGCAUCUUCCAACCGGACCCUCUCCUCAACUACAGCCUGCAAUACAAGAGAAAAGCAUCGCCGAUGCAUACAGUGUUGAGCCAUCGUUUCUUGAUCUCACCGAUCUCGGGGAUCCAGUUCAAGACUUCACGGUGUUUCUAGAAAGUGUCGGCUUAUCAACCGAUUGGGAUUCAGGUGUCUUCUCAUCGAUCGAGACAGAUCCAUUACUGUCAAACUCUAUACAGUUUGACGCCAAACCGGCAGGUCGAGAAUAUGGGCAUCAACGACUGAAUCCAGAUAUCCUCAGUGAACAACGAAUGUCGGCGGAUGAAGCUCCAUCCUUCUCCAAUUUUGGAUCUAGGCUCCCAUCCUUGCAGCCUGAACCUCAAGAAUUUGAUGAGCGUGCCAGUUUACUGGAUGAUCCUACCAACCCGCGCCCAGCCUGGGAUAUUUCCAACACCGAUCGGCAGCUAUUUCUUACUAGACUUGACGAGUUUGCACACGUCCUUCCUCGCGGAUUCGUCCCGCCGUCUAGACAUGCUCUAUCGCGGUUUAUAGCCGGUUAUAUCAAUGGUCUCAACGAGCACCUUCCGUUUAUUCAUGUUCCCACGUUAUCUGUUGUUCGAUGUCUUCCUGAGCUCACCUUGGCUCUUGCCGCUGCCGGAUCUCACUACAGAUUUGAGAACAGUCGAGGAAUUGAACUCUUCCAUGCAGCCAAGGCAAUCCUGUUUGAGCGAAUACGACGAAGAGAUGCGAAGCAAGUCCCCACACCGACAUGGGAUGUCUAUGUUCCUAGUACGCCAUCACAAAGAAGCUCUAUGGCACCUUCGAACGCCCCCGGUAGCCCAUUUCAGACACAAAAGUUUCCUCCUCAGCUAGAUACCAUGAGCUAUAUGAUGAAUGAGUCCGAAGCUCAUAUGGAGGUUAUUCGAACGUUCUUGCUUCUUACUGUCUUUGCCUCCUGGGAAAGACAGCCCGAAUUACUGCGAGAAAUACUAGCUCUACAAAGCACCCUGGCCAGGCUAGUGCGCGAGCAUGGACUCGCAGACUCGCCCAUCGUCUCUGACAAUUUAACCUGGGAUGAGUGGGCUCGUCUGGAGGGCAAUCGACGCACAAAAUUGAUUGUUUACUGUUUUUUUAAUCUGCAUUCUAUCAUGUACAACAUCCCCCCGCUGAUAAUGAACUCGGAGCUGAAUCUGAGAAUGCCAUGUGCACACGAUAUCUGGAAAGCGAAUAAUGCUUCGCAAUGGAGACGUAUAUAUCGUUCGAGACAUGAACCGAUUGUCACUUUCCAGGAAGCCUUCGCAAAACUCUUUUUCAAAACACCGCCACCGAAUCCAUGCCCUAUCUCACCUCUUGGGAAUUAUAUACUGAUCCAUGCCAUAAUUCAACAAAUCUUUUUCGCCCGUCAACUACGCAUAUCGUCACCACUUAUGCAAAGCACAAGUCUUCGUGCCGAGGACCUCACAGCAUUGGAGAACUCUCUGAAUGCAUGGAAGGCAGGGUGGAAGCGAACCCCUGGGUCAAGUAUUGACCCUCAGAAUCCAGCUGGUCCUAUCGCUUUCACAUCCACCGCCCUUUUAGGGCUAGCAUAUAUCAGACUCCACCUAGAUUUAGGACCAUGUCGACGGCUAGUGACGCAAGAUCCUCUCCAGAUCGCAAGGGCAUUGCAGGAGUCCCCACCCAUUGUACGCAGUCCAAAGCUUAUUAUGGCUCUACUGCACUCGGCUCACGCACUUUCCAUUCCUGUAAGACUCGGCAUUGAUUUUGUCGCGCGAACACAUUCAUUCUUUUGGAGUAUCCAGCACUCUCUCUGCAGUCUGGAAUGCGCGUUCCUGCUGAGCAGAUGGCUCCUCUCAAUUCCGUUAACGCAAAACGAGCAGCGACUAUCCGACCAUGAACGAAAACUGCUUUUAUGGAUUAAGAGCAUGAUGGACGAAGCUGAUAUAGCAGUGGCGUCGUCAUCUGCCGAUGGACAUGAUCUUGAUUUCAUUCAAGAUCCGUUCAAGGUUAGGCGAUUGAGUGUUGCUGUCGUGCGUGUCUGGGCACGUACGUUCAAGGGAAAUACGAGUUGGGCUAUUGUUGACCUGAUUGGAUCUAGCCUUGAGGCUUAUGCCGACCUUUUGGAAGGUUAA